AGAGUCCCUCAACCAGAUUUACGGGUUCCGGACUUCCCUGCGCCAGAGACGGCGACCACAGCCGCCAGUUCACCUGCGCUCCGAAAGGAGGGGACGGACAUCAUCCAGCAGGCGGCCAGCCAGACUCCCGAGGCUCCAGGGCUGGGCAGGAGAAGGUUUCAUCCAAACCUUUUUUCUGGAGGAAAAACAAAAAACAGAACCAGCUGAGAUGAGAGUCCAACAGCACACCUGAGAGCCGCUUUCUAUCUCUUCGCACACCUGGGAGACAGCGCGCGCCCAGCACCACCGCUCACCAAAAACUUGACAACCUGAAGGAAUUUCACCAGGUCCAGCCGCGCAGAGACGCAGCAGACAUGUACCGCUCGACCAAAGGCGCGUCCAAGGCUCGACGGGACCAGAUCAACGCCGAGAUCCGGAACCUGAAGGACUUGUUGCCCAUCUCCGACGCAGAUAAAGCGCGGCUGUCCUACCUGCACAUCAUGUCUCUGGCCUGCAUGUACACCAGGAAAUCCGUCUUCUUCACUCAAGAAGCGGGAACUGCUGCUAGCCUUGAGGAGAGGUUUCUGUCUUUCCACGAGCUGUCGGAGCUGAUGCAGGAGCUGCCGGGCUUCCUGAUGCUGCUUACCGGGGAAGGGAAGCUGCUCUACCUGUCGGACAGCGUCUCUGAGCACCUCGGACACUCCAUGGUGGAUCUCGUGGCACAAGGCGAUAGUGUUUAUGACAUAAUCGACGCCGCAGAUCACUUCACCACCAGGACCAACCUGUCAACCACCACUUCACUUGAGAUGGAUCGUCUCUUUCGCUGUCGCUUCAACACCUCCAAGUCCGUGCGCAGGCAGAGCGCUGGGAACAAACUGGUUCUGAUCCGAGCGCGCUGCCUCUCCGCGCCUCCGGCCACCCCCGCCGCCGCCACCGGCUCCUACUGGACCUCCAACCCGGUGUGGGUGUGCUUUUGCUCGCCCCUGGAGCCCCAGACGAGUCGCUCCGGCUCCGGGGCGGAGAGGGAGUCGACCUCCUCCGGCCCUCUCCUGACUGAGACCCACCUGUUCCUGGCCUUUUUCCACUCGCAGCACGACCGCGACCUGAGGCUGCAGGCCGCGCAGGACAGCGUGAGUGCCUAUCUGGGGUUUGAUGUGGCUGCUUUGCGCACUCGCUCCUGGUACAGCCUCCUCCACCCACAGGAUCUGUCACAUGCCUCUGCUCAGCACCGUAGCCUUUUGAGAGAAGGAGGCGAGGGCCGAGCUGAGAUGGUGGUUCGUGUGCAGGCUCAGGAUCUGACCUGGGUCUGGCUCUACAUGGUGCUCCAGCUACAGUCUGGAGACAUCCCCAUCAGAAGCAACAAUUACAUCAUCAGUGACUCUGAGGCCUGGUCGGUGCGUCAGCAGCUCAGCUCGGAGCAGACCCAGCUCACCCUGGUUCUGAGUGCUGGCUCCUCGCAGCAGGAGAGCCUGAGUCUGCAGUCUCCUGAGACCCUCUCCAGCCCGGACCAGGUGUUCACCCCCGGCAGCAGCGGCCUCUCUGCCCAGUCCUUCGAUUUCAGCACCGCCGGCUGCAGCGUCGGCUCCUCGGAUGAGCCCGGGAGCUCUGUCACCGAAGCCAUGCAGGUGGAGGGGGACCCCCGCUCCAGCAUCUCCUCUCUGGAGGAGGACAGCUUCUUUCAGCGGCACCCCGCAGAGACCCCCUCUGCCGCCUCCUCGCCCACCCCGGUCACCGUCGAAACCGUAGCAGAUCUGGACUUUUUGACGCAGAACAUCCUCCUGCCCCCCUCCUUCCAGCUUGACCCCCCUCUGCCGGCUCUCCCCCUGCCACUCCCGCCCGUGCCCACCUCACAAGCUCAGCAGACCAAGGAGUUUGUGUGCACGCCCCCUUACACCCCCCAGGUCGGUGGGACCAGCUUCCAGUUCGGCGAACCCCUCUUCAGCUUCGACCCGACUGGCACAACCACGCCUCCGCCCUCGGCGACAACUGCCACCGCCACCGCCUCCCUGGCCCCUUCAGCACCCUCAACAGCCCCGCCCACCACGGCCUCCAGCCCAGCUCCGCCCACCAACCUCUCUGCCAAGCUCCCCCUCACGCUGCCCUCCCUCUCCACGGACCUCCUGUUCUCCGUGGAGCCCUGCAGCGGCUCGCUGUACGAGAAACUGCCCCCCACGCCCGACAGCCCCGGGGACGGCGACUGCACGGUGAUGACCCUGCCUGAGGUACGGGGUCCGCUGUAUGUAGACGUACCACUGGGACCCCUUCAGUAUCCCCCCGAAGGCCUCCUGACCCCCGAGGCGUCACCUGGCAAGCAGCCCUGCCCGUCCUUCUUCUCUCUCGAGCGGGAGAAGGAGAGGGCAGAGAUCUCCCUCCUCGCUCAGCACAUCAGCUCCCUGGCCGAGGGGUUCUACCUGGACCCACUCCUGUCCAAGCUCUCCCCCUCCUCCUCCCCGCCCUCCCCCUUCCUGUCCCCAGCUGCAGAACCUGUCGAUCCAGUCCACAUGCUGAGGGAGUUCUAUCCCAUCAAGACGUGGAGAGGCCUGGACUUCCCCAUCUUCCUAGACGACGAAGAUUCUCUGUUUGAAGAGAGCGUACUAGAGACACUUCUGCAAGACGACUUUGCUCCCCCCCAGACCCCCGGCCUCUCCUCCUCCUCCCCGUCGGCCUCCCCCGCACCCGACGCCUCCAGCCCGACCCCUCUCCAAACCCCAGCGUGCUGGCACCAACCCUCCCAGUUUGAGGGAGUGGGCCACAUCUGUAGCGUCCAAUCGGCGCACUGUAACUCCAUGGCGGGGCGCGGGGCGACUGUGGCAGCCGAGGCCGGGGUGGCGGCGGAAGGGGAGGGGCCAGCGGAGGAAGCAAUGGAGAUCGAGAUGGCGUCCCCUCCCGUGUCCUCCUGUUCCUCCAUUCCGGCGUCCCCUCCCCUCAUCCUCACUGCCUCGCUGAGCCCCGCCGCCUCCACGCCCGUCGCCUCGCCCACGCCCGCCGUGUCUUGCACUCAGUCCCUCCUGGAGGAACUGGCCGUCCUGGAACCCAUGUUUGGGGCAGGUGCCUCGAUCGCCCCUGGCUUAGGGCAACAACCUGAGUUGUAUCAACUCCAAUGUCAUCCAUCGCCACAGUGCUUCCAUAAAGAUGGGAGUGGAAGUGUUCCUCCGUUCUAAAAUAAGUCUGUGACUUACUUCAUUAAGUAUGGCAUAUUGUCAUAUUUUGUGGAGACCCUUUUACUGAAAAGUAAAAAAUAAUUAAGUGUAUAAAUAUACAUAAUGUAUAUACAACUUAAGGACUUCAACUCCUACAUGUCUGCUGAGAACAAAGAUUGGCUUUAUAUUUUUGUUCAGUCAUUUAUCUGUGUGAAAACUGCAAAAAUGGUGCAACAAUCUCCACGAUGGUGCAGCUGCACGGACCCACAACCUCCUGGGUUCUGAGUCUGUGUGGCGUCCUGUUAACUUUACAUGAUGUGAUCAGACGGAUGAUCAAACCUCCAUAUACGUAUGUGUAUUCACUCGUAGUGAAAUAUCUGUUGUGAACAAAAAAAAGGACAUUUCUUGCUAUUUCAGUAGUGAGAUGAUGAAUUUAGCACUUUUUUGCCUGACAUGCAGCAACGCAAACCCAAACCUCAAAUGUAUUAAAGUCAAAAGCUUACAACUGUUUACAAUCUUAAUGCGAACACAAUCAGUAAAUCAACACAAUUUCUCCAGUGAAAUCAAUCUACUUUGGUUUGAAAGCCUUACAGAGUUACAAAAAAAGGCAAACAAAACCUACAAACAGUAUUCAGACGAACCUGAGAUACUUUGAGCUUUGAGUUUGCGACUUGAAAACCUUUAAGAGUUCAUAUCUCCAUCAAAAAUCUUGUGUAUCAAUGUGAUGUGCCAACAACAAAAACUGCAAAAAAAAAAAGGAAAUAAAAAAGAAAAAAACAUGUGAAGGGAAUCCUGGCAUCUGCAGAAGAUGAAACCCCCUGUUUGCCAGGAACUCUCUGCUACUCUGUACUGUACAUUAAGACUCUGAAUGUGGACUCAGCGGGUCCUUCUUGUCCUCCUGCCCCCUCCUCUUCUUUGUUUCCCCUUUGUGACCAGAGGGCUGGAUAUUCUUGCAGCAUCAAUAUUUGCAAUGCUGGCAGCUUAUAGCGGCUCCUGUGCCUGAAACGAGCCCCUCCUCCCCCCUCCCCACUCCUGUGACCCGCUGACCUCUGAACUCUCUACUUCAUGUCCAUUUCGGACAUUCACAUCGAGGCUCCUCUGGAGUUGCGGUGUAGUGAGGCACAACUGACUUAUAUAAGCAGAGUGAGUGAUUCUUCUUUUUUGAGAGGGGUUAGAAUACACAAAGGUUUUGUUUUAAAAAAUGAAAAUGGGGACGGGGUGCUAUUUCUAUUUUAAAAAGAGAUAAAGAAAACAAAAUCAUAAAAAAUAAAAAACGACACGGGUUGAGAAUGGUACAAUUCCCAUGGUGUCGACAUGCUCGUAGAGUUGUCUACGGUCAAGUAAAGGAUUGAUUCCUACGUUCUAGCUAUUAAAGGCUAAGUUAUAAUAUACAUGUGUAAAAUAUAUAUAUAUAUAAUUAUUUGUGUGACAUACAAAAAAGCAAAGAUGUUUAUUCAUAUGCAUUAUGUCCCAGGAUGUAGGCAUAUUCUCUUUUCUGAAAGGUUGUACACAUUUGUACAUUUGUAUGAAACAGUUCUAUGGUCUGUACAUAGAAGAGAGAGAUUUUUAUCAUAAGAGAUGGAAAAUUAAUCUAAAAAAACUUAUCUUAUCUCCUUUGCAGAAUGGACAUUGUGAACCAGUGUUCUAUUGUGAUGCUUAUAAGUGUAUUUGGUUGUCAUACAAAUGCAUUUAUAAUAAAGUGCAC